AUGCAGAUUAAUAUUCUAUGGCCACUACAAUGGAUACCUUGGUUUACAUACACUACUAUUAUUAUAUGGGUUCAGGUAAUCUUAAUAGUACCCUUGUCUACAAUGUUAUGGCAAGAGUUCUACGAUCAACUUAUUCCGAAAGAGUCAAGGUACCAGGGUACGUUUCAUCCAAUUGAAAGGAUAUCUAGUACUGAGAAGACUUAUUCGUGGCAUAUGCAUUUGAAACGAGAAAAUUCUUUUACCGCUCAAGGAUCCUUGAUGGAUUUCGGUGCAGGGCAGAUUCCUGAUGCCUUGAAACCUGAUAUGUUUGAAUUAAUUGUUUCUAAACACAGUCCGUAUGUUCUAAAUAUACAGUUAGAAAUUUACUGUCUUAAAGCUUUACCAUUAGAAACUGUUGAGGUGUGUGUUAAUAACGAACGCAAAAUCUUCAUAGUAACGUGUUUUAAUUCACUGGAACAUGCAAUUCAACAUAAACCCUAUCAACGUCGAUUGGUAGAACAUGUGCAACAUGAAUAUGUCAAUACCCUUGAGGUGAAUGACUUCUUAGUCUCUACGCAUAGUGAUAUGGUGAAUGUUACAGUAACAUCUACUGGAGGGGGCGCCAUGCUGUUUGGCCAAGAUACUCAUUACGAAUUAAAUAUGCAAUUAGAGGGGAUACGAUAUGUAAUGUUACGCUGGUAUAAGACAUGCCAUAUCCUUGGUACAGCAAGUUUUGUAGCAAUAAUAUCAGGGUGGUUUUUCUUCAGCUUCACCGUUGCAUUUAUGAUUAUUGGGUUUUUACGUGGCAAAGGAACCGAACUAGCAACAAGUUAA